GCCUGUGAGUUAAGCAAACACCUGACUGAGAUGGGGGUGCGCCACAUAGGUGUCUGGGGCGAGGCCAAAACAGCCAGUGCAAAGGCCUAAGGCAGGAGUCUGCCCACCUGGCACACAGCAAGGAGGGCUGGUGUCGGAGAGGGACAGGAGGUGAGGUCAGAGGGGAGAGGGGACCAGAUCCUGCGGUUCCAGGUGGACCAUUGUUCUGAAUGAGGGGAGCUACAGGGAGCUGACAGGUCUGCAUGGACUUCUUUUGACUGCUUGGAGAGCCACUAGAGUCUCUGGGGCGGAAACAGGGAGCCUAGUGAGUGGUGUCCCAGGCCGGAGGUGGUAGCAGGACCCAGAUAAUGGCAGUCGCAGUGGUGAGAAUUGGUAGAAUUCCGGCGACAUUUUGAAGGUGUAGCCAAUCCAUUUGUUGAUGGGCCUGCCAUUAUGCAGUGAAAGGCGCAGAGGCGUCCAAAAAAGUGGACUCCAAGGCUUUGGGCCUGAGAACCUGGAGGGAUGGAACUGCCGUCUACCUUGGGGCGUUGAAGAAGAUUUUUGGGUGAGGAAGGAGGUUUCAGGGUGGCCUGCGCCUGGCUUGGUGUGCCUUGGGCUCGGCGCUGUGCACGCCGUCUAGGCGAAGGCGCCACCUGUCACCACCAGGGGGCGCCCUCUGCCUCGACCCGAUUCCACCCCUGCUCGCGGUCUCCCCCCAAAAUUUCCUUUCACUUUCGGUCUCUGGCUGUCAACCAGCUUAGCCCUUCCACACCCAGCUGGGGCAAGCCUAACCCGGCCACAGGCAUGAGGGGCUCUCGGCAGAGAUGAUAGUGCUGGCGCCAGCCUGGAGCCCAAUUUCCUCACUGCUGCUGCUGCUGCUGCUGAGCCCUGGCCUCCGGGGGACCCCCGACUGCUCCUUCAAGCACAGCCCCAUCACAUCCACUUUUGCAGCCACCAUCCGCAAGCUGUCUGACUACCUGCUUCACGAUUACCCAGUCACUGUGGCCUCCAACCUGCAGGACGAAGAACUCUGCAAGGCGCUGUGGCAGUUGGUACUGGCUCAGCGCUGGAUGGAGCAACUCAAAACUGUGGCCGGGUCUCAGAUGAAAAUCCUCCUGGAGGACGUCAACACUGAAAUACAUUUUGUCACCUUAUGUGCCUUCCAGGACACCCUCGAGCAGCUGGUGGCUCUGAAGCCCUGGAUCACCCGCCGGAAUUUCUCUCGGUGCCUGGAGCUGCAGUGCCAGCCCGACUCCUCCACCCUGCCGCCCCCAAGGAGUCCCCGGGCCCUGGGGGCAACAGCACUGCCAGCCCCUCAGUCCCACCUGCUGUUCCUGCUGCUGCUGCUGCCCGCGGCCCUCCCACCACUGGCCGCUCUCCUGUGCCUACGCUGGAGAAGGGUGAAUGGCCGCCCUGCCCCUCAGGACACUGAGGCCCAGCAAGAGGAGUCACCUAUCAGAGGACACACGCCCAGUACACAGAGGAAGGCGGCUACAGACUGGUCCCUUCCUAGGCACCAUUGCCCCUCAGGAUGGAGGGUACACCAGAACUCAGCCCUCUGUAUAAAGCCCUUGUCCCCAUGAACUUGUAUAUAAAUCAUUAUUUUCUACCA